GUUACCCAUUAAUUCGCCCAGUCGUCGUAAGUCAUCCAAAUCUAGUGAGGUUUGUCUUGAUUCAGAACAUCGUACAGUACAUUUUAAUCAAAUGGUUAAUGAAGACCAUUUAUCUAGUAGUAAUUUAUCAACCACAAUUUCUUCAAAUCCUCAUCCAUUGCAUGUUGCAAGAAAAGUUAGCUUUUCUGAUUUACCUUUAGUGAUUAACGUCGAAGAGCGUCAACUAGACGGCUUACAUCAAUCCUGUAUCACUACUGAGGACAAAGUUAUCUACGGUGAAGAUGAUGAUUCCGGUCAUCAUAUUGAAGUCCGCCUACUGAAUCGAGAUAUCGAUGAAAUGCCGACCUUGCCAUCAGAAUUGAAAAAUAAACCUGUAUUUGAAAUAAAACUUGGAAUGCUUAAACAAGCGACAGUUUAUCGGACAGAAUUUACAAUACCGGAUGAUUUGAAGUCAGGUGAAUUGGAAAUUCUACGAACUGUUACAGAAAUGGAUGGUCAUGUUGGUGUACCAGUUAAUGUCGGUGCUUCAUUUAAUUUACUAAGCUGUGAACCUAUCCCUUCACCUGGUCACGGUCAUAUAAUAAUUAUGGAGAUUUCAACUACAAAACAAUCACGUGUCAAUGAGUUAAUCACAUUACGUCGAGUCGAAAAUAUAACAGAUGCUGUUUGUCUACUGUUGCGUGGUAUUUCUUUAGCUAAAGGACAAGGUACUCCACUUCUACGUUCUGGUAUACAUCGAAUUACUGAGAAUCAAGAUUAUAUUGAUUCGGAUGAUUAUACUGAAUGGCCUGGUUAUGUGAAUACAGAGGAUGAUGAUGACCAGGAGGAAGAAAGUUGUGGUGUGGAGAAGGCGAAAACUACUCUUGUGGCAACUGAGAAUAUCGAUGCUAAUCAAGGUGAUGAUAAUGACGAUGAAUCACCGUAGAAUUUAUUAUCAUUAUUACUAUUAUUAUUAUUAUUAUUAUUAU